CUGAGGGGCGGGGAGCGCGCGCACGCACGCACGCAGGCAGGAGUGUGUUGGAGUGGACACGGCGGCGAGUGUAGCCGAGCGAAGCCGAAGAACUCCGCUGACCGACCGGCACGGACGCACAGAGAAGCGUGACUGCGAAGGAAGAGACGUAAAGAAAGGAAGGAAGGAAGAAAAAAACCCCACACCUUCCACGGCUCAUUUCGACACUAGGAGCGAGAGGCUGACGUGAACCGGCUCGCAGCGCGAGGAACGAGAGCGGCCACGGAUAGACCCGGUCUCCCACCAGGGACCUCGUGUUCGUCUGGACUCGUAUCCCCCCCCCCCCUCCCCAACACCACCAUACCAACACCUCUUCGUUGACUUAUUUGCUCCGGGCUGGCGCUAACCCUCGUGUUCUGCGGCGGUUCGGUGCGCGCAGUGGAUUUGUUUGGCGUGCUCGCGGAGCUGGAGACGGGAGGAGGAAGCGCGCGGGUCUCGGAGCCGGAGAGAAAUGCCCACGGCGGCGACAAAGAGGAGCUUCAGUGUUAGUCUUUGAUCCUGUCAGAGUGGGACGUGUCUAGCAGGGGACUGAGGAGGGAGCAGUGCCGACUCUGAACAUGGGGCCCAGCCGUCGCCUGGCAGUGCCCCUCCUGCCCAGAGAGGCGUUGCCUCUCCUGCUGCUGCUCUGCUGCAUGGUGUUCUCCUCCAAGGCAGACAGCGUGCCGAGUUUCGUCAUAUCCCCAGAGGACCAGACGGGCAUCUCGGGAGGAGUGGCGUCGUUUGUGUGCCAGGCCACCGGGGAGCCCAAGCCCAGGAUCACCUGGAGGAAGAAAGGCAAGAGGGUCAGCUCCCAGCGCUUCGAGGCGAUUGAGUUUGAUGACGGCUCGGGCUGCGUGCUGCGGAUCCAGCCUCUGCGCACACACAGGGACGAAGCCAUCUACGAGUGCACGGCCACCAACAGCGCCGGCGAGAUCAACAUCAAUGCCAAGCUUACAGUGCUGGAAGAGCGCCAAAGUCCCCACGGGUUCCCCUCUAUCGACAUGGGUCCCCAGCUGAAGGUGGUCGAAAAGACCAGAACUGCCACCAUGCUGUGUGCUGCCAGCGGAAACCCGGACCCGGAGAUAUCCUGGUUCAAGGACAUGCUUCCUGUGGACAUCAGCAGCAGCAACGGACGCAUCAAACAGCUUCGCUCAGGAGCGCUGCAGAUUGAGAACAGCGAGGAGUCGGACCAAGGGAAAUACGAAUGCGUUGCCAUGAACAGCGCUGGGACCCGCUACUCCGCUCCUGCCAAUCUCUACGUACGAGUGCGAAGAGUCCCGCCCAGAUUCUCGAUCCCGCCCACCAACCAGGAGGUGAUGCCGGGCGGCAGCGUCAACCUGACGUGCGUGGCAGUGGGCUCGCCGAUGCCCUACGUCAAGUGGACGACGGGCCAGGUGGAGCUGACCAAGGAGGAAGAGAUGCCUUUGGGACGCAACGUGCUGGAGGUCACCAACAUCCGCGAGUCGGCCAACUACACCUGCGUGGCCAUCUCCUCUCUGGGCAUGAUAGAGGCCACUGCUCAGGUCACUGUCAAAGCCUUGCCAAAGCCCCCCACCUCCCUCAUUGUGACCGAGACCACGGCCACCAGCGUGACUCUCACCUGGGACUCUGGGAACCCCGAACCCGUCUCCUACUACAUGAUCCAGUACCGAUGCAAGUCCCCGGACACUGGCUUCUACGAGGUGGAGGGCGUGGCCACGACCCGAUACAGCAUCGGCGGACUUAGCCCUUACUCGGAGUACGAGUUCCGUGUCAUGGCGGUCAACAACAUCGGCCGGGGGCCGCACAGCGACCCUGUGGAGACGCGCACCGGUGAACAGGCCCCCUCCUCGCCGCCUCUGCACGUCCAAGCCCGCAUGCUGAGCGCCAGCACCAUGCUGGUGCAGUGGGAGCCGCCCAUUGAACCCAACGGGCAAAUCAGGGGCUACCGGGUCUACUACAGCUCCGACAUGAAGGCUCCUAUCGGCACCUGGCAGAAACACAACACCGAUGACAGCAGUCUGACGACCAUCUCGGGCCUGACCCCCGAUAUCACCUACAGCCUCAAGGUGCUGGGUUUCACCUCGGUGGGCGACGGGCCGGCGUCGGGCGUCCUGCAGGUCAAAACCCAGCAGGGAGUCCCUGCCCAGCCGUCCAGCUUUGAGGCCGAAGCCGAGCUGGACAGCCGCAUAAUGCUGAAAUGGCUGUGGCCCGUACAGGACCCCAUCACUAAGUAUGAGCUGCAGUACUGGGAGGACGGCUCCGAGAACAAGAUACCCGUGACCUUCAACCCAGCGGGCUCCUACGCUGUGGAGGGUCUGAAGCCUGACACCCUGUACCACUUCUCGUUGGCGGCCCGCUCUGAGAUGGGGUUAGGCGUCUACACUCAGCCCAUCAAGGUCCGCACCGCCCAGUCCACCCCAUCCGCUCCCCCUCAGGAUGUACAUCUGGUCAGCCUGACCUCCACCAGCCUCAAGGUGAGUUGGGUGGCCCCGCCCGCCGCCAGCCGCCACGGCGCCAUCGUGCGCUACACGGUCAUCUACCAGGCGCUGGCCGGGGAGGACACGGAGCGGCACGAGGUGAUGGGCAUCGGCGCAGAAGCUACCAGCUAUUUGCUGGAGGGCCUGGAGAAGUGGACUGAGUAUCAGGUGUGGGUGAGGGCGCACACUAAUGUGGGCCCGGGCCCUGACAGUGCCCCGGUGAGGAUGAGGACCAAAGAGGAUGUGCCCGGAGCACCCCCCAGGAAGCUCGAAGUUGAGGCCAUAAACUCCACGGCAAUCCGGGUAACCUGGAAGCCGCCCCUGCAGGGGAAGCAGCACGGCCAAAUCCGAGGCUACCAAGUGAUUUUCUCUCGACUGGAAAACGGUGAACCGCGAGGCCAGCCGAACAUCAUGGACGUUGCUUUGCCAGAGGCUCAGUGGAAUAUUGAGGAGUCCACCGAGCAUGAGGCCAUUAUUGGUGGACUGCACUCUGAAACCACCUACUCUGUCACUGUAGCAGCGUACACCACCAAGGGAGACGGAGCUCGUAGCAAAGCUAAAGUCAUCACCACCACUGGUGCAGUGCCCGGCAAGCCCACUAUGAUGAUCAGCACCACCAUGGGCAACACGGCACUGAUCCAGUGGCAGCCGCCCAAGGAAAUGGUGGGCGAGCUGAUGGGCUACCAGUUGCAGUACAAGCGCACCGAUGAGGAACCCUUCGUCUCCCGCGAGCUGAGAAAGACGGACGACCACUACACCGCCACCGGUUUGCACAAGGGCGCCACCUACGUCUUCCGCCUCAGCGCCCGUAACCGCGCAGGGAUCGGCGAGGCCUACGUGAAGGAGAUCAGCACCCCGGAAGACGUGCCCUCGGGCUUCCCGUUCAACCUCCAAGUCACGGGCCUGACCCAGUCCAGCACCCAGCUGACGUGGGAGCCCCCCCUGGUGGCCGAAAGGAAUGGGAAGAUCGUGUACUACGCGGUUGUGUACAGGGACAUCAACAGCCAGCAGAACAGCACAAACCGCACGGCCGACACGCACAUGACCAUCCAGGGGCUGAACCCGGACACCACCUACGACAUCCGCGUGCAGGCGUUCACCAGCAAGGGCGGGGGGCCCCUCAGCCCCAGCAUUCAGAGCAGGACCAUGUCCAAUGAUUUUCCCACCCUGAAUUUUGGUGUCAAAGCAGUCAUGAAAACUUCGGUCCUCCUCACUUGGGAUUUGCCGAUAAACUACAAAUCCCAGGUGCCUUUCAAGAUCUUGUACAACCAGCAAAGCGUGGAAGUGCAGGGAAACCUGAAGAGGAAGCUGAUCGCGCAGCUGCAGCCGGACACAGACUACUCUUUUGUGCUGACGAGCAGGGGCAACAUUGCCGGGGGUCUGCAGCAGCAGGUGUCCAUCCGCACCGCCCCAGACCUGAUCAAGACCAAGCCCAGCACACAUCAGGUUCAGGGCGGCAAGAUGACCAUCAACCUGCCCAGUGUCCAGACUACGACGCGCGUCAGGUGGUACUACAUAGUGGUGGUUCCGGUGUCUCAGUCAACCCGGCGGUGGAAGAAUCCAGACGAGAUGGACCUGGACGAGCUGCUCAAGUCCAGUGAAGGCCCCGUCCUGAGGCGCCGCCGUCACCUGGAUUCCUCCCAGCCGUACAUCGCUGCCAAGUUGGCCUCACUGCCCCCCGCCUUCACCGUGGGGGACGAGAAGAUGUACAACGGCUUCAUCAACAAGCCGCUCACCAGCUCGCAGGAGUACCUCUGCUUUGUCGUGGCAGUGCUCAGAUUCGAAGGAACAGACAGCACUGCUAAUUAUAUGACAUUUUCAGCCAGUCCCUACUCGGAUCCAAUCCAGGUCACAACAACUAUGUCUCAGGGAACGGAGCAACCCGAAAUGUUGUGGGUCAUGGGCCCAGUGCUGGCUGUGGUCCUCAUCAUCAUCAUCGUCAUUGCCAUCCUGCUCUUUAAGAAGAAAAGGGCAUCUCCCCUACCCAAAGACGACCAUUCAGGCGGGGUGAAAGACUCCCUGCUGGCCAACUCCUCUGACCCCGUGGAGAUGAGAAGACUCAACUACCAGACCCCAGGUCCCAGCUCUCAUCGCUGCCCCAACACUCCAAGAAUGAGGGAGCACCCGCCCAUUCCGGUCAUUGACCUGGCGGACCACAUAGAGCGACUGAAGGCCAACGACGGCCUCCGCUUUUCCCAGGAGUACGAGUCCAUUGAUCCGGGCCAGCAGUUUACCUGGGAGAACUCCAACAUGGAGGUCAACAAGCCAAAGAAUCGCUAUGCAAACGUCAUCGCCUAUGACCACUCCAGAGUGGUGCUCACCUCUGUUGACGCCGUUCCAGGCAGUGACUACAUCAAUACCAACUACAUCGACGGCUACAGGAAGCAGAAUGCCUACAUUGCCACACAGGGGCCGCUGCCAGAGACACUGAGCGACUUCUGGAGGAUGGUGUGGGAACAAAGAUCCAACACCAUCGUCAUGAUGACCAGACUGGAGGAAAAGUCCCGGGUGAAGUGUGACCAGUACUGGCCGUCGCGAGGCACAGAGACCUACGGAAUGAUCCAGGUCACCAUGCUGGACACUGUGGAGUUGGCCACUUACAGCGUCCGCACUUUCGCCCUCUACAAGAAUGGCUCCAGUGAGAAGAGAGAGGUGAGACAGUUCCAGUUUAUGGCCUGGCCAGACCACGGCGUGCCCGAGUACCCCACCCCCAUCCUGGCCUUCCUGCGCAGGGUGAAGGCCUGCAAUCCUCCAGAUGCAGGGCCCAUGGUGGUCCACUGCAGUGCGGGCGUGGGCAGGACCGGCUGCUUCAUCGUGAUCGAUGCCAUGCUGGAGCGCAUGAAGCACGAGAAGUCAGUAGACAUCUACGGCCACGUGACCUGCAUGCGUGCCCAGAGGAACUACAUGGUCCAGACCGAGGACCAGUACAUCUUUAUCCACGAGGCACUGCUGGAGGCCGCCACAUGUGGCAACACCGAGGUUCCGGCGCGCAACCUGUUCGCCCACAUCCAGAAACUCACCCAGCCGCCGCCCGGAGAGACGGUUACUGCCAUGGAGCUGGAGUUCAAGAGACUGGCCAACUCCAAAGCUCACACGUCGCGCUUCAUCAGCGCCAACCUGCCCUGCAACAAGUUCAAGAACCGCCUGGUCAACAUCAUGCCUUUUGAGUCCACCCGCGUCUGCCUGCAGCCCAUCCGUGGAGUCGAGGGCUCUGACUACAUCAACGCCAGCUGCAUUGACGGCUACAGACAGCAGAAGGCCUACCUGGCAACACAGGGUCCCCUGGCAGAGACCACCGAGGACUUCUGGAGGAUGCUGUGGGAGCACAACUCCACCAUCGUCGUCAUGCUCACCAAGCUACGAGAGAUGGGACGGGAGAAGUGCCAUCAGUACUGGCCAGCAGAGCGUUCGGCCAGGUACCAGUACUUUGUGGUGGAUCCAAUGGCAGAGUACAACAUGCCCCAGUACAUCCUCCGAGAGUUCAAAGUCACAGAUGCCCGGGACGGCCAGUCCAGAACAAUCCGCCAAUUCCAGUUCACUGACUGGCCCGAGCAAGGAGUGCCAAAAACUGGAGAAGGCUUCAUUGACUUCAUUGGACAAGUGCACAAAACCAAGGAACAGUUUGGGCAGGAUGGACCAAUCACUGUACACUGCAGCGCCGGAGUCGGCCGGACCGGAGUCUUCAUCACCCUGAGCAUCGUUCUGGAGAGGAUGAGGUACGAAGGAGUGGUCGACCUCUUCCAGACAGUGAAGACACUUCGCACCCAGCGGCCGGCCAUGGUGCAGACCGAGGACCAGUACCAGUUGUGCUACAGGGCGGCGUUGGAGUACCUGGGGAGCUUCGACCACUAUGCAACAUAACCACUCCCACCGAGCAGCCUCCCUGGUGCAACCUCUCAGGCGUGUGCCAAGUGUCCCAUCUCAGCCACCAUCCACUCACCCCCAACAGCCCGAGCCCUCGCAGCUACCAGAGGGGAGGGGACAAAAGGGACGCGCGCCCGCGGCGCGGACCCGGAGGUCGCGGGGUUCAAACCGAUCACAGCGAUCCACGCCGACUUACCCAACGACAUGAGAUUUUUGCUUUAAAAAUAAUAAUAACAGAAACAUUACAAUGACAAUGCAAAAGAUGACAACACUUGUACAGACGCGACGGGGCAGAGCGGCAGCUCGCCCCUCUGCCCCGUCGAAGCCAAACCUCCCUGAUUGUCAAAGGCUACUGGUAGCACUAAGAGAGCACUCUUGAUUUUUUUUUUUUACAUUUAUUGUCAAUAUUAUGAUUCAUUGUGUUAAAUGUUAUUGUUUAGUAUAUUUGUGGUUGUAAUAAUCAUUUUAACAUUGGACAUUUAUUCUGUCUUAAGCUGCCCAGCCUGGGGGGUGAAUUAUUUUCAUAAUCGGUACUUUUCUGUUUUUAUUAUUAUUUUAGGGUACUUUAGAACAAGGGACAUGUAUUUUUAACACGUUCCUAGAUACUAAUACAAGAGGAACUCUGUUCUCUGGGCUGCUGUCAGAUUUCUUUUGUGAUCGGACAUUAUUGUUUUAUUUUAUGGGUCAUACAUUUUGUGUUUGGUCUUACUCAGUUCAAUUUCUCAAAAAAUUGCCUUUUCACUUGCCGUUUUGGAUAAAAGAAAAAAAAAUCAAAAUCAGCUUUGAGAAAAGUGAUUUCAGAGCACACACUUUGCUAAAGUUUGGCCUGUAAACUUGGUAGCUAAAAACAAGACGUGAAAUAGCUAACAGGAGACUAAAUCAAGAGGUGUACAGAAAUGGAAAGCACAUGAUUUCUACGUGUUCUUUUGUUGUUGUUGUUGUUGUUUUUGUUUUACAUCAGAAGCCUGUGGCAUUGAGGCCUUCAUCCUUACCUGAGGAAAACAGACUUUUGUACCCAAAGGGUGGUUGACAGAAAAGAAUCUCCCUGAUUUCCGAAUAAAGUUGCUCUUCAAGUCCCUCCCAUCUCCUCGCUGCCCAUUGGUCCGCUCAGUCGGCUGGAGCCAAGCCCCGCCCACCGAAAGGAGCCGAAGCGCUUCAGACGGGCUGCAAGGUCGAGCCGUCAGCGACGACCCCUGUACAGAAUCAACCAUUCCUACCAGAGGGAAAGAGACUCGGCCGCUUUGGACUGACACCUGGUAUUAUUUUAUACAGAAAUAGAACUAUAAAUAUAUAUAUAUAAAUAUAUAUAAUUAUGAUUGAUUAUAUAUAUGUACAAUUACACAUAGAUAUAUACACAGCUUCAAAGGUAUAUUGUUAAAAAGGAUCAAUUCCGCUGAUCUACCAACCCGAUGAGAGACUGCUGUCCCAGGGUGUGUAUUAAUGGAUCCACCCAUGUAUCUACUGUACUACCAUAGUAAUCUUUGACUGCUGUUUGUCCAUCUGAACGAGGGGAAAACAGCACAACCCCCCCCCCCCCCCCCACACACACACACACACACACACGCUCCCCCCACCCAUUAAAAUGGACUACUCCUCACCCGGGUCGAGCACCACUGAAGCACACGUCUUCUCCCACAAGCAUUGCGGGAGGCCUGAAAGUUGUGGUGAAGGUGGGAGGGAGGAAGGGAGGGAGGGAGGGAGGGAGGAAGGGGGACUUGAAAACGCUGGCGAUAAACUCUACAAUGUUCAUUUUUACCUUGUGAAUGCUUAGUGCUGUAGGGGUUCAAUCUGUUGUACACACAGUCUGUUUUCUAUUUGUUGAUAAAGAACUGGAAUUUAAAAGAAACUGUUGAUGAAAAUGAAAAAACAUUGAUGUUAAUAAAGUAAAAUAAUUGGGUUUUUGUACAAA